CGGGUCUGGGGCCCGGAAGCGGCCGCAACUCCGCGGUGCCUGCAAGUGGGGAGUCUCUGGCCCGGGACAGGCAAUGGGCUCCGCGGCCGCCCCAGGGCGCGCCGCUUGGGUGCUGGCUGGGGGCCUCCUGGCUGCCGCCCUGGCGCUGCCCGCCGGGUCCCGGGGCCGAGGGUGGCUUUCGGCGGGCCCGAGUCCUCUCCGGCGUCCCCUGGGCGCGCAGGCGCCCCGGGAUCGCCCCGCAGUCCCCGGGGCGGGGCCGGAGCGCACCGCGCAGCGUGGAGACAUUUCAAGAGACGUUCGAGGAACUCUGGAGAAUGGAGUAAUUUUUCAGAAAUGUGCUGUGGUGUCGGGGCCGAGGGUGUCACAGACGGCUCAGGUGCGUCUGCUGGUGAAUAACACCCCCACACCGGCGGCAGCCAACCUCUCAGACCUGCUUCUGCUUGACAACAUCACUGGCCUCACCGUCAGGGAGUCGACCGGAAACAGGACAUCGGCAGGGUUCCAGGCCUUCAGGAGGAAGUUCCUGGCAGUUGGAGCCACCUUCUCGGUCAGCUACACUGCCUCACUCGAGGCCGGAGACGUCGGGCGUGGGGAGAGCCUGGUGCUCCCCGCCCAGCUCACCUUCCAGAGUUCAUUGCCGAACAGAACACAGCUGAGAGCACUUUUCACUGUCACAGUGGAAGAAAAGGUAAAGGUUCUUCCAAACCAUGGCCUUCACGCAGCCGGGUUCUUCGUGGCCUUCGUCAUCUCCCUUGUGCUGACCUGGGUCACCCUUUUCUUCAUGGUUCGGCAUCAGUGUUUGAAGGGAAGCGUGCUCAGCAGACAUCAGGGUCAGCAUCACGAGAGCAAGCUGGAGCACGCCCAGUUCACGUCAGCCGACGCCGUGGACGAAGACCUUGCCCUAAAUGACCAGAUGGUAGACAUUCUGUCCUCAGAGGACCCCGGGAGCAUGCUGCAGGCCUUGGAAGACCUGGAGAUUGCAACCCUGAACCGCGCGGACUCCGACCUGGAGGCCUGUCGAACCCAGAUCAGCCAAGAUGUCAUCGCCCUUCUACUGCGCGGGCUGACCAGCAGGGGCCACCUCUCCCCUCCAGCAGAGAGGAGGAUGGGCGCUCUUUUCAAGAAGCAGUUUCUCCUGCUGGAGAAGGAAAUACGAGAGGAGUAUGAUCGGAAGAUGGUGGCGCUGACGGCUGAAUGCGACCUGGAAACGAGGAAGAAGACAGAGACCCAGCACCAGAGGGAGAUGGCGGCCGUGGAGGAGGCAGAAGAGCUGCUGAAGCGUGUGAGCGAGAGGUCCGCCACCGAGUGCAGCAGCCUGCUGCGGACCCUGCACAGCCUGGAGCAGGAGCACCUGAGGAGGUCUCUCGCUCUGCAGCAGGAGGAAGACUUCGCCAAGGCCUGCCGGCAGCUGGCCAUUUUCCAGAGAAACGAGCUGCACAGUAUCUUUUUUGCCCAGAUAAAAAGUGCUAUUUUCAAAGGGGACCUGAAGCCCGAGGCAGCUAAAACGCUGCUGCAAGACUACUCUAAAAUCCAGGAGCAUAUAGAAGAGCUAAUGGACUUCUUCCAGGCUAGCAAGAGGUAUCACCUGAGUAAAAGAUUCGGCCACAGGGAGUACCUGGUGCAGACCGUCCAGGCCUCAGAGGCCCGCGUGCGGGGACUUCUGAGCACGGCCGCCGCCCAGCUGACCCUCCUCGUCCAGAAGCACGAGAGAGCUGGGUACUUGGACGAAGACCAGACGGAAGGGCUGUUGGAGCGGGCGCAGACCGAGGUCUUCUCUAUAAAGCAGAAGUUGGACAGUGACUUAAAGCAGGAAAAGAAAAAGCUCCGCCAAAGAUUAAUAAUUAAGAGAAGACGAGAGAUGCUGCAAAAGCACAAGGAGCAGCGGAGGGAGCAGCUGUCCGUCGGGGACGCCUUCCGAGCCACCGAGGACGUGGGCCAGUACCUGGGCCAGUGGCGGAGCCUGGUGUCAGGCCACAGCGCCGCCCUGGAGGAGCUGCAGGAGCGCCUGGACCAGGCCGCCCUGGACGACAUCAGGGCCCUGACCCUGUCGCUGUUCGAGAAAGCCACCGAGGAGCUGCGGCGCCUGCAGAACUCCGUGGUGACCCAGGAGCUGCUCAAGCGCGGCGUGCCCUGGCUCUUCCUGCAGCAGGCCCUGGAGGAGCAGGGCAGGGAGCUGGCCGCCCGGGCCGAGCAGCUGGAGGGCGAGCAGAGGGACAGGGACCAGGAGGGCGUCCAGGGCGUGAGGCAGAGACUGAAGGACGACGCUCCGGAGGCCUCCACGGAGGAGCAGGCGGAGCUGAGGCGCUGGGGGCACUUGGUCUUCACGAGGCUCCGCGCGGCGGCCUUCUCCCUAUCGGAAGAGGAGCUGCUCCAGAUGAGGCAGGACCUGCACAGCUGCUCCGCUCAGAUGGACAGGAGCCUGGCCCUCCCCAGAAUCCGGGCCCGCGUGCUGCUGCAGCGGCUGCAGACGGCGUGGCGGGAAGCGGAGUUCCUGAAGCUGGACCAGGCCCUGGCUGCCCCCGAGCUGCAGCAACAGUCCAGGGCAAGGAAGCCACGUGCCAAGAGUAAAAGCAAGACAGACCUUUUGAGGAAGUGCAUUGAAGAUAAAAUUCAGCUCUUUGACGAACCGGCCCCUGAAGACCUGGUUGAAAAGGUCCGAGGAGAGCUGCUUCGGGAGAGGGUGCAGCAGCUGGAGGCCCAGGAGGGCCGCUUCGCGGAGUCCCUGGUCUCCCUGCAGUUCCAGAAGGCGGCCAGGGCGGCCAGGACGCUGCGGGCCUACACGGCCCUCCUGGGCCUCCAGGACCUGCUGCUGGAGGAGCUGCGUGUGUCGGAGACCCUGACGAAGGCGGCCUGCGCCCAGGUCCUGGAGUCGCACAGCCCCGGGCUCCAGGAGCUGGAGAGGAAGCUGGAGGACCAGCUGGCCCAGCAGGAGGCGGCCCAGCUGCAGCGGGCCCUGGCCAGUUGGCAGCAGUGGGCAGGGGAUGGGCCCGGGCUUCUGAACGAGUCUGAGGACACGGGUUCUGAAAGGCAGGUGUCCGCUGUCUUGCGCCAAGCUCUGAGCAAGAGCCAGGAGUUACUGGAGUACCAGCAGCAGAGUCUACAAGAGGAGCGAGAGGACAGUGUCGUGUUGGAAGACUUGCUGGAGACGAUGGAGACGGACACCUUCGUGACCCUGUAUGGCCAGGAGCUGAGGCUGGCCUCCUACCUGUCCAAGCUGACCAUGGUGCCGGCGGGCACACUGCGCCGCCUCCUGAGCGUGGCUCUGCCCACAGCCUCGCAGCCCGAGCUGCUGGCCGUGCUCGAGUCGGUCAGCCAGAAGCAGCCGGACCACGCAGUGGAGAAGGACAGCAGUGGGGAGCCGGCUGACCCGGGCAGGAGGGGGAAACACCAGGGCUGGUGGCGAGACUUAGAGAGCAAACUGCGCAAAGAGCUCGUAAGCAACGGGUCGGAAAAGAUGCGGUGGGCCCGCCAGAGGAAGGAGCGCAUAUUGAAGAAGACAGUUCCCCCUCUCCGAGAGAGGGUGAUGUUCUCCGGAAAAGCGAGCUGGCCACACCUGUCCCGGGAGCCCAGCGGCGAGCUGGAGCCCGUGCCCCUUGUCGGGGCAGGAGCCGUGGAUCUGUUCCACACAGGCGAGAAGCUCUUUGUGUUCAGAAACCCGCAGGGUCCGGAGAUCUCGCUGCGCAUCCCUCCCAGGAAGAAGAGGAGCUUUCUGAACGCCAAGAAGGCGGCCUGGACCUCGGGCGCGGACUAGCCGCGGGAAAGCGCCACGGCGUCUCCGAGGCUUGUCUUCUCGUGCCUUCCUGUGUUUGUGUUUGUGGUGCACAAGCUGAAGAUGUGUCGCCCGUGGAAGACACAGACCCCCCAACAAGCCCACUCCCCGACUUCCAAGGAUCUAGUUUACUCCAUUUGCAUGAAUUCCCAGAUGGUCCACUCUGGUCGGCUUUACAAGCGACGUGACGAGACACAGGGCCAGUGCGAUCACUGGGUCCCACCUCGUGGGGGGCUGCAGGGGACCCAGUGCCCGAUUCGAGUCCCCGAGACAUCUGGUUGCAUUACGGGCCGUGUGUCGAAGGCUCACUCUUCUUACGUGCUGUGCUCGUUACAUACUCUGUUUUUAUCGAGGAGCUUUAAAGAAAUAAAUAUACUUUACAUAGA